AACUGCACCUCUUCCUCACAGCAUAUACUCACAUAGCUGAUUAAAGUGAGAGUGAUAGAAGAAAAAGAAAGAAGCAAAUGGCAAACUUUCCAGUUGUUGACUUGGGGAACCUUAACACCGAAGAGAGAGGAGCAACCAUGGAAAUGAUCAAAGAUGCCUGUGAGAACUGGGGUUUCUUUGAGGUGGUGAACCAUGGCAUAUCCAUUGAGUUGAUGGACACGGUGGAGAGGCUCACCAAAGAACACUACAAGAAGACUAUGGAGCAAAGGUUCAAAGAAAUGGUGGCCACCAAAGGUCUUGAGUCUGUUCAAUCUGAAAUCAAUGACUUGGACUGGGAAAGCACCUUUUUCCUGCGCCAUCUUCCAGUCUCCAACGUGUCAGACAACACAGAACUUGAUGAAGAUUACAGGAAGGUGAUGAAGCAAUUUGCAGCGGAAUUGGAGAAACUUGCAGAGAACCUUCUGGACUUGCUGUGUGAGAAUCUUGGGCUGGAGAAAGGGUACCUGAAGAAAGUGUUUUAUGGAUCCAAGGGUCCAAACUUUGGCACCAAAGUUAGCAACUACCCUCCUUGUCCCACCCCUGAUCUCAUCAAGGGCCUCAGGGCUCACACGGAUGCUGGUGGCAUUAUCCUACUCUUCCAAGAUGACAAGGUCAGUGGACUGCAGCUGCUCAAGGAUGACCAGUGGAUCGAUGUCCCACCAAUGCGUCACUCCAUUGUCAUCAACCUUGGUGACCAACUUGAGGUCAUAACCAAUGGCAAGUACAAGAGUGUGUUGCACCGUGUGAUUGCUCAAACAGAUGGUACCAGAAUGUCCCUGGCUUCGUUCUAUAACCCUGGUGAUGAUGCUGUCAUAUCUCCUGCACCAGCCUUGGUGAAGGAAAAUGAGACAAGCCAAGUGUACCCCAAAUUCGUUUUUGACGAUUACAUGAAGCUCUAUGCUGGUCUCAAGUUUCAGGCUAAGGAGCCAAGAUUUGAAGCUAUGAAGGCCACGUCAAGCGUUGAUGCGGGGGCCAUAGCCACAGUUUGAGCCUCGUCCUGAGCAUAUGGAAAGGUUAUGUGUGUUUCUGUUAAUAAUAAACAAAUUAAGGCUACUCAACUUACCCACUAGUGUUUGGUAUCCUUGAUAAAUGGUAUAUGGAAGCUUGAGCUUGUGCAGUAUAAACCUUAUAGUUUAAAAUAAAGUACUAGGUUGAUCAUAGUUUGUACUGUGUGUGAUCAGUGAUGUUGCCUAUGAUGGUUAAGUUAGUGCGAUCGAUGUAGUGAUACACUACGCUUUAGAAAGUAACCUCAUCUUGCCCAUUUUACAAGGAACUGUCUCUCAUAA